GGGCAGGUGGUGAUGAUCCCCAGCCUUCUGUGGGAUGUGCAGCUGAAUGCACAUGGGCACCAGGCCCAGCUGGACCCUGAUCCCUACACCAACUUCACCCGGCUCAAGGCCAUCCACGUGGAUGUGGACCGUGGGCUGUUGCCCAGGGAUGAGUGGCAGGCCAAGAUGGCAGAUGGCAAAGCUGAUGAGGCUGAGGAUGAAGCUGCAGAGAGAGAGGAAGCCAAGGAGGAGAGGGUGCCAGGACAGCUGGACAUGCAGUUCCACCUGCACUUCUCCAGCCUUCAUCACAUCUAUCACUUCACCCUGAAAGCUUAGGAGGUGAUGAGGAAAUAGCAGGACAUAAUGGGGCAGACCAUGUAG